GUGCUCCCGAGUAUAACCGGUCACCGUCACGGUUACACGAAGUACACCGGAGUAUAACCGUGACCGGUGUUUACAUCUCAUAACAACACGUGAAAGUAAACGAUUGUCAAAGUGUGUUUAUACCGUGCGUUCGAAUACUUUGGACUAAAAUUUCUGCUUGCACUCUAACUGGAUAUAAUCUUUCUGACAAAAUGGUUUUGCCACAUAAUGCUAAAUGGUUUUAUGCAGUUGCUGGCAGUGGUGUUGUUUUAGGCAUAUUUAAUUAUUUUCAAUCUGAGAAAAAGUGUGUGGAGACAUCCUGGACCACCAACUUUGAGCCUUCCAUAAAAUGGGAUUACAACUGGGACAAGCGGGAUAUUGCUAGCAUGGUUAAACCUAUGAAAGAUGAAAAUGAUCCAGCUGAACAAAAUAGAAUUAAUGAGCAACGGUCACAGUUGCAGCCCACUGCAACUAGAAACAUUUUCUUAAUACGGCAUGGGCAGUACGAUGAGUGGGCUAGAAAAGAUGCUGAUCGACAUUUGACGUUAUUGGGACGCAAGCAAGCAGAACUUGUUGGCCAGCGUUUGAAAAGUCUAGAUUUUAAUUAUACAAAGUUAAUUCGCUCCACCAUGACUAGAGCCUUGGAAACUGGGGAAAUAAUUCAUAGAUACGUUCCUGAUGUACCUAUUGAAGAUGAUGAUUUACUAAGAGAAGGAUCGCCCAUUCCACCUGAACCUCCAAUAGGAACUUAUAGAGAAGAGUAUAAGUUUUACGAAGACGGGGCAAGGAUUGAAGCUGCAUUUCGAAGAUACUUCCACCGUGCUGAUGCCAGGCAAAAGUCUGAUAGCUAUGAAAUUAUAGUUUGCCAUGCAAACGUAAUCCGUUACUUUUUUUGCAGGUAGGUUCUUUUGCAUUUUUU